AUGCUCAUCCAAACCGCCCUCAUCCUGCUCAGUGGCGCAGCAGCGCUCACGCCAGACGCUGGCAACGACAUCAGGCCGGCCCGCCGCUUGCCGCUCGCCGAGCGCGCCCUCACCGGCCGCCAGUACCAGUGCGAAGACCCGGGCUACGUCCCGUGCCCUGCCGACCCGACGAGGUGUGCGAAGCCGGGCCAGACGUGCUGCCUCGACACGAACAAGUCGUGCAUCACUGCCUCCGCAAAGUGCUGGGACGGUGUCGACGGCUGGUUCUGCUGCCCCUUCCGCCUCAACAACGGCAACUGUACCGGCCUCGGCCCGAUCGACGAGUUCACGCGCACGUACGGCCAGUACACUUCCACUUUUGUUGCCGGCGGCGGCGGCGGCGGCGGCGGUGGUGGUGGUGGUGGUGGUGCCACCGGGGGCGGAUUCACGACGCCCACGUUCCCAGCGUUCCCUACAACGACGGCCGGUGGCGGCAUUGGCCUGUUCGACACGACGACCCCCGGUGCCGGCGCGACUGGUACGGGUUCUGGCGGCACUGGCACUGGUGCCGGUGGCACGGGUAGCGGCGCUGGCGGUGUCGCCGGUGGCGGAGGUGGAGGUGGUGGUGGUGGGGGCGGCGGCGGCGGCGGAACAUCCUCUACGGGCUACACCAUCCCCUCGGGCCAGUCGUACGGCGCGCUCGACCUGUCCAAGGACGUCGACUACACGGGCAGCUGGACGACCGCGCCUGGCUGCGACGUGGUGAACAUCAAUGCUCGGCAGCUCGUCGGGACCGGUGAUGCGCAGAUGCGCUUCGCGAGCGGUAUUGCCGGGUUCGCGAUCGCGAUGAGCGCCGACGCGGGGCACGUGGCCAACAUUGGCAUCAACAGCGUCGACACGGCCACGAUCCAGUCCGCGUCGAACGGCGCGACGAUCGCGCCGACGCCCUCGACCCUCAGCACGGCCCAGGGCGGCUGUCAGUUCGUGUACAAGUACGCCUUUACGUCGCCGUCGCAGGCCAACAGCCUGCGUAUCGGCCACACGGCGCCCGCGCAGGUCCGCUCAGGCAGCUACGGCAUCAAGCUCGACCGCAUCGUCGCGUUCGCGAACAAGGCCGACAUCGACGCACUCCAGAUCAAGAGUGACGUCGCGGCCGCCGCCGGCCAGAUGGCCAGGAGCGGCGCCUCGCCGCGCGAGUGUGGCGCCGUCGCGGCUGCGCUUGCGGCCGCCGGCAUUGUCGUUGUCGGGUGGUAG